GAUUCGGAUUUGUAAAAGAAAAAUCGUCUGAAACACGAGGAAAAGAAUGAAAUUCAUCGGAAGAUGAAAAAUUAAAUUUCAGUAGACACCCGGAGUCGGAGUGGAAUUGAUAAGCAGAGCACUGCGGCGGGGAAAAGUCGAGCGGACAGGUAUACACCGAGUUAAUUGGCGAUCAGCUGGAAUGAAUGAGACGCGUGUUACGACGGGAGCGGACGUUGCGGGGGCGGGGGAAAAGGCGAGAAAAGUUGCGAGUCCGGAGCGAGAGCGUGAGUGGCUGCAUUCGCAAGGUUGCGGCCUUUGUGGGUGUCCGUGCCCCGCUCUCGGCUGCGGCGGCGUCGCGUUCGCGCCCGCGCUCGCGCCGGCCCGGUUAUUGAGCGAUGCGCGAGUCGCCCUGCGUGCGUUGCCGCUCGAAACGCAGCGCUCCAGCCCGCCCUGGCUCAGUGCCGCGGACAAGGACGACCCCGACUCCUCCGCAUCCUUGAGCAUCCCCAAAACAAACCGACAGGCUCUCCGUGCGCUCCUCCGAAUCCUCGGGCCCCGAAAUGCGCCCCCACAGUUCGCGUCGCGUCGCUCCCCCGUCGACGGCGAGUAUUCCAUCGAGUGCGGGCCCGAGCCAGGUGCUGCUCUUCUGAGGACCCGAGCAAGGAUCCGAGUCGCCAGGAUCGUCUUGGCCGACCUCUUCGUCGACCCGUACGUUAGUGACUGUGUGUUUGACUCUCGAUGUCUAGAUGCUACCGUUAGAGUGUGCGAGGAGAUUUUCGGGCGGCUGUCGCCCGCAGCUGUGGCAGAGGGUGUCCCGACGCGGGGGAGGCCCGCUCUGCUCCUGGAGCCUCGAUUGACCAACGAACCCCGUUCAAACACCGAUCUCAACCCCAGCGAAUUAGGCGAGAGCCCGUUCGCACGCAGUGAUAUUCGCGGCGGUAAACUACCUCAAUCUAUUUAUGCAUGUGAUAUAGAGCCAAGUUCGUUCAAUUUUCUAGAGAACCCCAUACUGAGCGACGGUUUCAAGUCGUUCCUGGUAAACUGCAUCAACGAUGAUAAAACCCCAUUUUGUGAUCAGCUGUUUUUCCGGCUGCUUUUCUACCUAAACGUUAUUGGAUUGAAUUUGCUUUCGCGCUUCGGAGAGUUCGCCCGCGAGAGGAACGAUGCGCUCCCCUGGAAGUUAACUAAAGAGGUGACGAACGAUUACAAUUUCAAUAAUAUUCCUGUCUAUCGGGACUGUUAUCAAGACAGAGCCAGUCCGUUAGAAAAGAAUGACUCGCCAGCGACCUCAGAAAAUAAAACGCCUCAGCGAGAAAGCGAAGGGUGUCCGAGCCUCGAGGAUGACAUCUUGAGGAACCAAAAUUUUCCACGAAAGGAAAAGUCUCAGUCCGUAGUGCAAGAGGAAAAAAAGGAGAGAGUGAACCCCAAACCUGAAUACGAUGAUGCGAGGGUGCGAGAGUCGGACCCUUUCCCCACUUUGAUCGACUCGAAUUGCGAUCAACUCGUCGAGAGGGGUUGCGAAAUCAAUCACAGCGAGGCGCAGAGCCUUGAUUUCAUUAGGGAUUUAAUCCCUUGCUACGAGCAGCUUUCUCGAACGGAUGAGGCAUUACGGGGACAAAUCGAGGCAGAACCCCACUGCGUAGCACCCCAACUGGAAGCUAGUCCUCAGGCCCAUCAAACGACAGGUAGAUUGAAUUUUAAUUUCGAGCCGAAUUCCCCUCAAGCGUCGAGGGAUCUGGGAGGUUUGUCACCUCCGAGAGGCGAGGAUUUCGAGUGGUGGAACCAGACUGAAGGGAGGUGGAAUUCGCGGGUCUACAUGAACGCGAUGAGGCAGAAGAGCCCUCCGGACGCGGGACGCGAAGAUGGUAGCGCCGCGGGCGCGGAAAAGGUGCUCAAGUCGGCGCUGAAGCGGGGCGCCAAGAAAUCCGGUCACCGAGUGAAAUUCGACGAGAGCCUCAACAAGUUCUUCGACGCGGAUUACGUCAUCCUGGUGCGCGAGGACUCCGAGUUCGAGGACCGGUUCGGCGAGGUGUGCGAGUGCGGCGACGAGUUCUGCGACGGUCGCUACUACGAGGACGAGGAAAGUGACGACGAUGACUUCAUCCUCUCCAACUGCCCGUGUCCCCACGGCCACGACGACGGAUGCGGGGACCACAACCAGGGCUCGAACCGGUUCCGGCCCAACUCCCGCAUGGGGCCCGGCUACGAGUUCCCGAUUCCGGGGCCCGGCCCCGGCGGGUGCGGGAGCACUUUCGAGCCCCCGCUGGAAUUCGUCGACGUCGAGCAAGACGUCACUCUGAGCCCCCCCGACGGUUACAAGGACGGCUGUUGCUCCCAUCGAUUUCCGGAGUCGAGCGAACCUGUCAUUCACGCUCACCUGAAUGCCCAUCAAAAGUUCGAGAGAGACCAGGAUUCAGUUGGUUCUAUCAGUUCAACGAUAAAUCAAGAAUCCAAAGCAAGUGAAACACAUGUCCGGAGUCUUCAGAGCAACAAUGAAGCCUCGGAGCUUCAUCGAGAAGAAGAGCCAAAUUUCAGGAAUGAGGAACAAGAAAAACCAAAUUUUGUACCUGAAACAACUUCUUCGAAGUUUUCAAAUUUGUAUAGCCAAGGAAAACUUUCUCCAAACUCUUUAGAAAGAAAUUUAGGCUUAAAACUACGAACUUUGAACUCGAGUCAAAGUUUGAAACCAAACUCGGCUGUGCGUCAACUCUUCCCUUCAUCAAACUUCAUUCUACCCCCCCAAUUUGCACAAAAAUCCCCAGAUUUAGAGGAGGCUUCCUUAGGUAAUAGUUACGCUAGAUUUGUGCCAAAUUCUUCGUUAUUUCAUACAUAUACAUCAAUAGAAAAUGAUGAGGACGAUGAUGAUGAUGGUCUGUUAGGAAACAAUCUUUUCAAGAAAACAAUUGAAAAAAAUAGUCUUCGUAGAAGUUUAAUUAGAUACCCUAAAGAUUAUAGAAAAAGGAAAUGUAAAAGAAUUGGCAGUGAAAACUCACUGACUGAGAGGAUUAAGAAACUAACUUGUGAUAUAGAUGAUGAAGAGAAUGCAGUCUCAAAUCAAAAUGAACCUGAACAAAGCAAGUCUCAACUACAAGAGGAAAAUGAGAAUAGACAGACACAACAAACUCAGCCUCUGUACUCCAAUGAAGUAACAACAAUUUUGAGUCCUGAGAGGGCUGAAAAAGUAGAAAAACCAAUGAUGACCACUCAAUCAUCAUCAACUUCUUCAACCAUGUCUUCCACCUAUAAAAAGUUGACUGACCUUUUUAGUAGAAAAUCAGAAAAGUGUGAUACUAAUUCCGCUGCAGGGACACGAAACACGGACCAGCAUCAUCAUUCUCUGUACAGACCAGUCUAUCAAACAGCUCCUGAUCUUGGAAAUGGAUUAAAUAUCUCGAAUAAAUACCCGGUAACAAAAGGAUCAACGGAGGCAAGGAAACAAUUUUUGUCAUCUUUAGCACCUUUGACUGCUUGUGUUUCUGGUAACUUUGAGCCAUCCUCUCCUCAUGGACCACUCUCACUAAAUCUGAGCGGGAACAGAAAUUCAGUUGCAAGUGUUGAUUCCAACAUGAGCUCUGAAUACAGUGUGAACGAUAUUGAUGAAGCUUUAGGCAGAGCACGCACUGAGCCCCCGAAACUUGCACCUCAGCCAGAUGUAAUAGCUGGCACACCUGCAGGAAACUCAGAUGCUGGCAACAAUGAUGAGCUCGCAUUGUUUGUGCAACAAGACGCAGGUCGUAUCGAACGGAUCAAAAAUAGAUACACUGGAUCCACAAAUGGAGAUUCAGAUGAGGAUAAUGAUGAUUAUGGAUUUCAUCGGAGGCCAUCAGUCAGAGGUAUUAAACCACGCUUUGGUUCAACAACAGAGAUAAUCCAACAAAUUCAAUCCCAGCUACAACCACCUGCUGCUCUGAACCCAGCAAAUAUCGGGAGUCACAUGACCUGGCCAUAUUAUACAGUAGAGCAAAAAUCAUUUGUUACCAGUGAUACAAGUAAUACUUUGAUAACAACUGAUACAGCAUAUUCCAGAAAUCACCCGAAUAAACUGAUUACCAGCACAGAAUCUAGUCCAGAGGGUAUGAUUAAUCAAUCUAUUCCAUAUGCAAAUCGCUAUUCUGCCCGUGCUUCUAACAUAAUGUACCAACAAGACCUUCUUGCAACAAGUCGAGAUUGUCCCAUUUAUAGAAACCAGAGGAUGGUUCAAAUGCAUCUUUCUCCACUUCCAGCUAGUCAACAAGUGAGGUUCUCUGCGCCGGGUCCUCAGUUCAAACAUGAGGUUUCGUCACACUACUUGGUACAAGCUCCGCAAUCUGGUAUUACCUCAAUAAUUCAUGUGGAGCAGGGUCAACAGCAGACAAUCCGUGUGCCAUAUCCUACCAGUGGUCCAGUUCAAGUACAUCUACAAACCUCGCGACGUAGUGAGAGUCCUAUUUUGCAAAACCAGCACUCUAUCUCUGUGCGAAGCACACAGACAUCAGCAAUGCCCUAUUAUGAUCCUAAACCACCGCCUCCUUACUACAAUUAUGGACCUUUGGUUUACGUAGAUCAUACUAGACCUGGCCUCCCUCCUAACAACUGUGUAAAUUCGAAUUUAGGCUCUCCUUUGUCUUCUGUGACAUCUUCGCCCACCAAGUCUAAGCCAGAGACUAGUCUUUGUGCUGAGCGAGGAGUGCCAGAGGGAGCAGCGAGUGUGCCGCUUAACUAUCAACAAGAUCCUUUAUACUCAGUUCCGGUCCCUCCGAUGAGCCAAGAAACUCUCAUAACUCUAACUCCGACUUCACAACCUAAUUCAUCAGUUUAUUAUGCUAUGAAUGUUUGACACAACGAGAACUUUUAUAACUAUUCAUACUCUUAUAACCACAUUUCGUACCAAGACAAAUAACGAUGAAAGGAGAAAGAUUCAUCUCAGGUCAACGCACUUUUCGGCAUAAUAGUUGUUCUUGUUUUUUUCAAUUGUUGUUACUGUUGUUAUUGUUAAAAAAUCAGUCGUUAAAUAUGUAAUAUAGGUAUAAAUACAUUAAUUUCUUUACUUCAGAAUCUUUUGUAAAUUAUGUAAUGGAUGAUGCAUUCAAUUUAUUAGUGAUAACAUUUUUUCUUUUACUCUGAAAUUUAUUUUCUUUUUUCCUUUUUGAAGAUUUUAUGUACUUACAAAAUUAGAUUUUGUUUGUUUCUGAGAAAAUCUCAUGGAGCACAUUUGAAGGAAACAGGAGAAAAAUGAGAUAGUAGAUUUAUGACCAUUAUAAUUUACGAGGGAACAAAGCUAGGUUCGUGCCCAGAGGAGAUGAUCGUGAGCGGCAAAUACAUCUCUGAAUCUAUAAUUGCAUGAGUUUUAUUUUCUUUCUUUUAAUUAAGACUAAAUACAUCUCACUAUAAAUAUCUGGAUAAUCUGCUGAGUGGCACAAACAUUUUUACUUAGGUUUUACCUAUUUUUCUUUCUCUUUCGACUUGGACUCAAAAUUACUCAUUGACAACAAUAUAUAUCCUACAUUUUACUGGCGGUUACCUACACACACCUCCUAGUUAAUAACAUACUAAAAGAAGUGACUUGCCACGGUAGAACCGCAAACCUUUCUAAUUGCAUCAUUUUGUAGUUUUUCUUGAUGAUUUUUUGUGCUUAAACAUCAGCAUGAGGGGAGGAGAUCUUCGCAAUUAAUUUUCUUUAUAUGAAUCCUACGAAGUACAAAUUUUUUCCUGGAUAAGUAUCAAUACAAUUAAUAAAAAUGUUACAGAAAAUAGCUUGUCUCUUUUUCUCCUGCAUUCUUCAUUAGAUUAGUCAAACAAAGAUGAUAUAAAUAAAAUAUUAAAAAUUUGUUA